UAUGAAACCACCCUUUAAUUUGCAAAUAACAAAGUAAAAAUCAAUUAACUAAUACAAGUGUGCUAAUUGAUAAAGUCCUCUGUCUCUCUCCUCUUUUAUCCACACUUGUGAUUGCAUAUACUUUUAUGCAAGUGUGAUAAGAGAAGUUGAAGGUAGAAAGUGAGACAAAAAGAGAAAAAUAAAAUAAGACCAAAAAGGAAAUUGUCCAUAAUUACUUUUAUAGAGUUGUGCUCUCUGUUUGGUGCUCAAGAAUCAAGAAAGAUCCUAACUUUAGAAGAGAAUGUCAACAAUGGCUAGUGGUUACCUCACAAAUUCUUUCUCUAAAAUGGCAAAUCUCACCAAACAUGAGAGUGUUUCUGCUUCCUGGAUAAUGUCACUGAAUCCCAAUUCCUCAAGCACGGGGAAGAAACAAGUAUUUAGAGAAUUGCGAUAUCCCAUUCCACAAUCUGAGACUGAAUCAACAUACACAUCGAAUCUCCAUUCUGAUCGAUUGCAGCUGUCGGAUGAACAAGUGUUGGAUCAGGAAAAUCGACUUCAGUUUGGUCAGUUCAUGGCACAUGAAGCAGUGCUUGAUGAAGAAUAUUGGACAGCAGCAUGGCUGCGAGCUGAAUCUCACUGGGAAGAUCGCCAGAAUGAUCGAUACAUCAAUAACUAUAAAAGGAAAUAUGCAGAGCAGGAGUUUAAUGCCUUGAAAAGAAGAUGCAAAGCACUAAUUGGGCAGAGAUGCACCUGCAUUGUUGCGGUGCGGGCAGAAGAUAAAAUUAUCAGACAUACAGUACUUAAGAGUGUCGUUGGGACACUAGAUUUGAUCAUCAGACACUUGUCACAUGGAGAGGCUUUUCCUGGGGGAAGGGUGAAUUCCCCUGAUUUGAGCAACAUUGAGAGAAGAUCCUCCAAUAGAUAUGGUUAUAUUGCAAAUUUAUGUGUUUCCAAAUCUUCUCGAAGGCAAGGUGUUGCAAGAAACAUGUUGCAUUUUGCUAUUAGAUUGGCGAAAGAAAAUGGUGCAGAAAAGGUGUUCGUGCAUGUACAUACAAACAACGGACCUGCACAAAAGCUUUAUCAAAAGGUUGGCUUUCAGGUGGUCGAAGUGAAAAAUCAUAAACUCGCUGAAGAACAACCUCACUUGCUUUUCCUCAGAGCAUGAAACACAUUGAAUGCAAGUCAAUUUUUUCUAUUUUUUGGCUCAUGAUAUAUUUGGAGUAUACCCUGCACAUCUUAUUAGCUCCCAACAUGCCAAUUUUUCACAUGUAUGCAGCCAGUAAUGAUCAAAACUUCAACUAAGAUUAAACAAAUAUUUGAUGUAUUCCUUAUGAGACAUAAAAUAAGAGAGGAAGAAUUCAUUAAUAAGUUUCCAAUGAAAGUAUGUCUGAUGAACAAGGAAAAUAUCCAUCACGUCUUGUUCGACAUUCUUUCUAUUACUCUAGUCACAACAAAAACAGAAGGAGAGAUUGACAUCUUUAUAAAUGAGAAAAAAUAGCGAUCAUCAAAAAAUCAAAACAAUACUUUCGAAGAACUGAACUAAUUUUCCAUGUGUACU